CGCUAUGAAGUUUGCAGUUUGCAGUUAGCCGUUUGCGCUAAUAAUGUCGGAUGCCGUGGCGCGUUUGUGUGCGGGACAUUGAAUUGCAGUCGAGAAGCUAUCACAGAAUCUAUUAUACAUAGUGCAGGAGAGUUUGUGCACUUACUACAUUGUGUGCUGUUGUUGGGGUGCAUAUGUGCAUGUAUAAAAAGCGAAAAAUAAAAAAAUGCCGACUGCAAAUUGCGUCUGUGUCUCGUAUUUCCAUAUGCUUAUUUCCUAACCUACUGCCAGAAUGAAUGAAUUUCCACCCAACUCUUGGUGGUGUUGUUAACAGCUACGCAAUUGUACAUUACCAAACAAUUGACAGGACGGAUGUACUCGUACUAGGCGACGACAACUGUGCCUGUGUUAGUUUGGAUGUCAAGCCUGAAAUCAUGAUGGCGGAGGUUGUUGUGUAAUUUUUCACCAGCAUAGAGAAUUUUUUGCAUCAAACGGCUAGAAAAGAUACCGUCGGUUGCCCAAAUUAACAGGAAGUGACACGUGAAAUAUCGAUAACAGCAAAUGUGAUCAGGUUGAAAGUGUUUCUAGUUGGAUAAAUCGUUUAACGAUGAAGAUUUCAAACAGAAAGAAAUUCCGUUGCUGAGGUGGCACUGCAAGUACCUGGCGUAUGCAUGGUAGCAUGUAGUAGCGGAGUAGUUAUACGGAAUAAUUAAGUUAUUCUGCAGUAACAUAUGCUUUCAUAUGCUGAGCUGAAAAAGUGAUUUUAUUGUGAAAUGACGUGAAAGUGUGAAAAUUUAAACGAAAAAGUGCCGUUUGAGCAGUAAACGGGAACCAGUAAAGUGCGACCCAAAAAUAUGACUUCGCAGAAUCAAUUUUCUCGGACGUGUUAAUUAGAAGUGACAACCUAUUUCCGUACGGAAAACUGAAUGCCGAGAAAAAAUCUGAUGUGAUAGAAAUUUACCUCCAAUACGGUUUAUUGAUGCAUUUUCCCCGAACACCAGAUUGUGCUUUAUUAGAGUGGAUUUGAUACGAAUAUUUGAUUGAAACUCGAAAAAAGCGAUUUCUGACUAUGGAAUUCAUGCGUCCCAUAUAAAAAAGAAUUGAGGAAUGGCCGUUUAAAGGAAUAUUGCUUACGAGGAUUGAUCACAUGUAAUCUUUCAACAAAUAACAGUUGGAUUCCAGUAAUCAGCAAAUAGACUAGCGAAAUAGAGAGAAGCAAACUAUUUGUGAUUUUUGUUGAAGAAAACCAAAUCUUAAGACAUACAUUUCACUACAAAACUAUCAAAAUGUCCACCAUCAUGGAUGACGAUCCAGACGACAAGGAUGAUUCUAAGAGAAAGUCACGUAAUCUAAGCGAGAAAAAGCGCCGGGACCAGUUCAACCUGCUGGUCAACGAGCUCAACUCGAUGGUGUCGUCCAACAGUCGCAAAAUGGACAAGAGCACCGUACUCAAGUCGACGAUCGCUUUCCUGAAGAGCCACAACGAGAUUGCUGUCCGCUCGAGGGUGCACGAAAUCCAAACCGAUUGGAAGCCGUCGUUUCUGUCCAACGAGGAAUUCACCCAUCUGAUCCUGGAAGCGCUGGACGGGUUUAUAAUAGUGUUUUCCUCCACCGGACGGGUGUUUUACGCGUCGGAAUCUAUCACCUCACUGUUGGGACAUUUGCCGAGCGACCUGUUAAACAUGACAGUGUAUGAUAUGGUGUAUGAGGAUGAUCAGAAUGAUUUGUAUAAUAUCCUGCUCAAUCCGACAGUUGUCGUAGACCCGCUGCAGACUGGGAUUGCUCGCGAAAAUCAGGUUACAUUUUCCUGCUACAUCAAGCGUGGCACAACGGACUAUCGGUUCGAGGUUUCCUAUGAAUUAGUACAAUUUACCGGUUAUUUUAGAAGUGAUGUGGAUGCUGAUUCUCUGAUGACCGCCUCUAGGUUUAGUAGCUAUAUGACUGAUGCCGAUACGAGGCUGAUUUUCGUCGGCACUGGCAGGUUGCAGACCCCGCAGCUGAUCCGAGAGAUGUCGAUUGUUGAUAGCUCGAAGAGUGAGUUCACUUCGAGGCACAGCUUGGAGUGGAAGUUUUUAUUUUUGGAUCAUCAGGCUCCGCCUAUCAUCGGUUAUCUGCCGUUUGAGGUUCUCGGUACUUCCGGUUAUGAUUACUAUCAUUUUGAUGAUUUGGAGAAAGUGGUUGCUUGUCAUGAGGCUUUGAUGCAAAAAGGAGAAGGUACUUCAUGUUACUAUCGAUUUUUGACGAAGGGACAGCAGUGGAUUUGGUUGCAGACCCGCUUCUACAUUACGUAUCAUCAGUGGAACUCGAAACCGGAGUUUGUAGUUUGUACGCACCGAGUUGUCAGCUAUGCCGACGUGAUGAAGCAGACUCGAAACCAAGUCGGUGGGGACAAUAAAUUUUCCGAUGACGCUGAUAGCGUUAGUGUGGGGGUGGAAAGAAAGUUCCAACCAAGCUCAACUCAAAGUCUUCUAGCUACUUCACCCUGGAGCUCGAAGAGUUCGCGAACAACGAGAGUGGUUGCAACUCCAGGAGCGUCGCCUUCAGGAUUAUCCUCAAGGGGGAGGCAUCGGUACAAUACCUACUACGGGACAGGUUCGGAUUCGGCGACAUCAAUUUCGACCGAAUCACAUGCUAGCCGACAGUCGAUGCAGACUCAUCACAGUUCAAAAUCUCGAAUGCGAUCAAACACCUACAAUUCCAAAACAUCUUCUCAGCACUCCCAAGAAGAGCCACAGCAUCAAACAGCACCACUACUUCUCCAGCAACCGUCUCUACAGAAUGCACCCCAACAGCAGAUUGAGUCGUUUCAGCCGAUGCUUUCUGCUUCGCCACAUCACCAGCAGCAGCAGCAACCGCAACAUCAGGUACAACCGCCAGCAACCGCCGCCAUCAUAAAGCCACCCGUAUCGCAACUGAUUAGCUCGGCUGGAUUUAUCGAACCUCAACAGUAUUUGGCAGCGAUUCCCGUUCAACCAGUGGCCGGCUUUCCACCGGAAGCUACUGCAGGUGUUCUAUCGCCCAUUACACCGACAUCUCCGGCAACCUUUGCAGUGCAUCCUAAUGUUAGCACUGGUGCUGGUGGGGUCGUGCUUACUCCGGCUCAGAAUCAAGUUCAAGGUCAUCUGCAGCGAAAGCACGAGGAACUACAACAUCUCAUAAUGCAACAGCAAGAGGAGUUGAGAAGAGUGCAGGAGCAGUUACUGAUGGCCCGUUACGGGCUACUUCCAUCGAUUGUCACGUUGCCAUUUACAUCCGCCGCCCCCAGUACCAACAACGACAUUCACAACAGGUGCAACAGUAAUGCGUCCUACCUACAACAUCACCAGUUACCGCACAGUAGUCAUCAGUAUCCAACACAUCCUAGUUUAAUUAGUCAAUCACAAAAUCUGCUGCAUCCUCAUCAGCAUCACCAGCAACAACAACAGCAGCAGCAGCAGCAACAACAACAACAACCACCACAGCAAACGUGUAUACCUCCGGAUCAAAAACCAAUCUUCCACCCAAACCAGCAACUCAACUUCACCGACACUGGACAGCCGAAAUUGCUUGUCGAACCAGGAAAUGAAAUGAUUUCUUACAUGCAGUUAACACCUGUCCCUAUUCAUCACCUACAGCAGCAACAACAGCAACAACAGCAGCAGCAGCAACAACUACAACCCUCGCAGCAGCAAACUCAACACCAACAACAGCAGCAGCAUCAGCAACAACAGAUGCAUAUGCCACCCAGUGGUUGCAGCAUAAUGGCUGGAACUUCCGGGACAGCAACCCGGGGAGCCAAUAUCAAUAGUAUGGAAUUGCUGCAGUAUCAGAUGGGCCAGGAACAGGCCCAAAUUUUGUUCACCUCCGGUAUGGAACAGCAGCAGCACCAACACCAGCAGCAACCGCAAAACACGCAGCAACAACAGCACCACCAUCACCACCAUCAGCAGCAGCAGCACGAACAUCAACAGCAGCAACAUCAUCAUCAUCAACAGCAGCAGCAGCAGUUGUUGCAUCAGCCACAAAACCAGCAGCAUCCAGGUUCGUCUCUUGCUUCUCCCGGUGGCUCUACAAGUCACUCGCGAAGCGAUAUGUAGCUAAUCGAGGGGAUGGAGGAGUUUUUGCUCGAUUAGUUUUCCUCUUGGUGCGGGUGGAGGAAAACACAACUAACCAAUAAUUCACUCACAUUCCAUUCUGUUACGUUGGUGUUGCAUUUCCGGAAAAAAAUCAACUAAACUCUCCAGGUGUGUUAGUGUCCUGAGCAGAUUUCAUUGUAAUCUAUAUACCCAUGUAUUUAUAUUCCAAUCGUUGUUGUUGGUGUUGUUAAUGGGGUGGACAGCGACAGCAAAAGCCAAACUCAUCGAGACCUAACUGUACAGGGAUUUUUUUCUUUCAUAGUAGAAUUUUUUGUAACUAGCGUAAGAGAAAAACAGUGAAGAACAGUGCAUCCAGAAAUAAAACAAUAGAAUAAUACUGUAACACAGAUACGUUAGAAAGUGUGAUAUGAUGGACAUUCCGCUUUUGCGUAUAAUCGUCUAAUAGUACCGCUAUAGGAAAACGUGAUAGGAACCGGGAUUUCAUUGAUCCAGAGAACAAUCGCGGGCAUUAAAAGGCAUGAAAUCGUGAAACUUAAAGAACUUAGUGUUUAUCUUUUAGGACAUAGUGCUGUGUAUUUUGUAAAAUAAGAAGGAUGUAUUUAUAUGUGAAACACAUGAAGAAGGAAUAAUAAAUAAUCAAAAGUUAUUGACUGAGCGGUCACUGUGUAAA